GAUGGAGUGGCAGCCAGACGAGCAGGGACUUCAACAGGUCCUCCAACUGCUCAAAGACUCACAGUCGCCCAACACAGUCACGCAGAGAGCUGUUCAACAAAAACUUGAACAACUCAACCAGUUCCCCGACUUCAACAAUUAUCUCAUCUUUGUCCUCACACGACUCAAAACUGAAGAUGAGCCAACUCGCUCUCUGAGCGGUCUGAUUCUGAAGAACAAUGUUAAAGCCCACUACCAGAAUUUCCCCCCGACUGUUGCUGACUUCAUCAAGCAGGAAUGUCUCAACAACAUCGGUGACCCAUCGCCGCUCAUUCGUGCCACCAUUGGCAUACUUAUCACUACUAUUGCCUCCAAGGGAGAGCUACAGACAUGGCCAGAACUACUGCCACAGCUCUGCAACUUGCUCAACUCGGAAGACUACAACACCUGCGAGGGCUCGUUUGGAGCACUGCAGAAGAUCUGCGAGGACUCGUCUGAGCUGCUGGACAGCGACGCUCUGAACAGACCCCUCAACAUCAUGAUACCUAAGUUCCUUCAGUUCUUCAAGCACUGCAGCCCCAAGAUCAGAUCCCAUGCCAUCGCCUGCGUGAACCAGUUCAUCAUUGGCAGAGCUCAGGCCUUAAUGGACAACAUAGAUACUUUCAUAGAGAGCCUUUUUGCGCUGGCAGCAGACGAGGACUCUGAGGUCCGAAAGAAUGUGUGCCGAGCCCUGGUCAUGCUACUGGAGGUCCGCAUCGACCGCCUCAUCCCCCACAUGCACAGCAUCAUCCAGUACAUGCUGCAGCGGACCCAGGACCCAGAUGAAAAUGUGGCCCUUGAGGCCUGUGAGUUUUGGUUGACUCUAGCUGAGCAGCCCAUCUGUAAGGAGAUGCUGUCUGGACACCUGGUGCAACUGACACCAAUCUUGGUGAAUGGGAUGAAAUACUCAGAGAUUGACAUUAUACUGUUAAAGGGUGAUGUGGAAGAGGAUGAAGCUGUACCAGACAGUGAUCAGGACAUCAAGCCCCGGUUCCACAAGUCCCGCACUGUCACGUUGCAGCACGAAGGGGGGGAGGGAGAGGAGGGUGAGGACAUAGAAGAAGACGAUGAUGACGAUGACGACACACUGUCAGACUGGAACCUGCGAAAGUGCUCUGCUGCAGCUCUGGAUGUUCUGGCUAAUGUGUUCCGUGACGACCUGCUGCCACAUCUCCUCCCACUCCUGAAAGGCCUGCUCUUCCACCCUGACUGGGUCAUUAAGGAGUCUGGCAUCCUGGUGCUGGGGGCCAUUGCUGAGGGCUGCAUGCAGGGCAUGGUGCCCUACCUGCCGGAGUUGAUCCCCCACCUCAUCCAGUGUCUCUGCGACAAGAAGGCCCUGGUGCGCUCCAUUGCCUGUUGGACCCUGAGUCGCUAUGCACAUUGGGUGGUCUCCCAGCCCCCCGAUUCCUUCCUCAAACCCCUCAUGACAGAGCUUCUGAAACGCAUCCUGGACGGCAACAAGAGGGUGCAAGAGGCCGCCUGCAGUGCGUUUGCCACCCUAGAGGAGGAGGCGUGCACGGAGCUGGUUCCCUACCUGAGCUUCAUCCUGGACACGCUGGUCUUUGCGUUCGGGAAAUACCAGCACAAGAAUCUCCUCAUCCUCUAUGAUGCCAUAGGAACUCUGGCAGACUCAGUGGGUCACCACCUCAAUCAGCCUGAGUAUAUUCAGAAGUUGAUGCCCCCCCUUAUUGCCAAGUGGAACGAGCUGAAGGACGAGGACAAGGAUCUUUUCCCACUACUAGAGUGUUUAUCAUCAGUAGCCACCGCUCUGCAGAGUGGCUUUUUGCCUUACUGUGAGCCUGUCUACCAGCGCUGUGUCACUCUAGUCCAGAAGACACUAGCUCAGGCUAUGAUGUACAACCAGCACCCAGACCAGUACGAGGCUCCUGACAAGGAUUUUAUGAUCGUUGCCCUGGAUCUGCUGAGCGGCCUGGCCGAGGGUCUGGGGGGCAAUGUGGAGCAGCUGGUGGCCCGCUCCAACAUCAUGACUCUCCUUUUCCAGUGCAUGCAGGACACAAUGCCUGAAGUGAGGCAAAGCUCGUUUGCUCUUUUGGGUGAUCUAACUAAGGCCUGCUUCAUCCAUGUGAAGCCUUGUAUUGCUGAGUUCAUGCCGAUCUUGGGGCUCAACCUGAACCCAGAAUUUAUCUCUGUGUGUAACAACGCCACCUGGGCCAUUGGGGAGAUCUCCAUGCAAAUGGGCACAGGUGUCAAGCAGCAAACAGGGGAUUGUCCAGGUGCGGAGAUGCAGCCUUAUGUGGGCAUGGUCCUGCCACACUUAGUAGAGAUCAUCAAUAGACCCAACACACCCAAGACUCUGUUGGAAAACACAGCGAUUACAAUUGGCAGACUGGGUUAUGUUUGUCCGCAGGAAGUGGCACCACAGCUGCAGCAUUUUAUUAGACCAUGGUGCACGUCGCUGAGGAAUAUCAGAGAUAACGAGGAGAAGGACUCCGCUUUCCGGGGAAUCUGUGUCAUGAUCGGCGUCAACCCUGCAGGAGUGGUGCAGGACUUCAUUUUCUUCUGUGAUGCUGUGGCCUCGUGGGUCAACCCCAAGGACGACCUGAGAGACAUGUUUUAUAAGAUCCUUCAUGGCUUCAAAGACCAGGUCGGAGAAGAGAACUGGCAGCAGUUCUCCGAGCAGUUCCCUCCUCUGUUGAAGGAGCGCCUGUCUGCCUGCUACGGCGUCUAACCCAACCUCCCCCUGGUCCACACAGGACACAGACCUGUAGGUUAAUGUAGGGGAGGGUAACUGGGGAACUCAUUGCACUGCCCAGAUCACGGGGGAGAAACGAGCUGGAGGGAUGUGACUGGCCUUGACCCUCCAUUCAGCGGAUGGCCCCCUUUCCCCCGCGCCCUGUGUGUCUCUGAGGGAGGGUGGGAGGGGGGUGGUGGGUGUGGGAGGGUAAACUGGGGAUAUGCAUAUACCUCUCGGACUUAACGCCUCACGAAAUCCAAACACGCUCAAAAGUGACUUUCGCCAACAGCACCGCAGGGAUCCUAGGUAGUUGAGGGCAAAAUAGGGGCUGGCUUUGACCUCCCCCUCCUCAAUUUGAUUAUUCUGUUAAGAUAGAUGACGGCUGGGAGGGGAGGGGGGUGGCAGAUAGGUACAUAAUAAGGAUUUAUCUGAACCAGCAUAGGGUGCCACAGUCCCAAAUACCACGUUGCACGCAGUCGGUAGAAACUCACAGAUGUAGAUGCGUUUGAACAGGCCCGUGCAAGAGGCUAAAGAAAAACAAACAUGCUUUUACUAUGUAACGAUGCAGGAAAUGUGCACAAUUUUUUUUCGCCUUUACGGCAAGAUUGCAUAAACCAUUUUGUGUGCAUAUACAUGGGUCUUAUUCUCUUUUUACAUUUAGCUGAAUUUAUUUUCCCUCCUCUUCCCUUGGUUGCUGAGUUCCUGUUGACUCGCAUGUUUCUUUUUCUCUCUCAUCUGAGGGGGAAAGAGUUGCAGUGGGUCUGUCCUCUAAGGUUUUACCACCAUUGUACCAAGUUGUUGCAUGACAAAUGAUCACCUCCGGAGUGAUGCAUGUUUGACUCAAUGCCUGUAUUGUUCUCUUGGAGUUAUUGCGUUGUCAGUGUAGAGACGCUGCCAUAAUUUGAAGCUGUCAGGUGCUUGGUUCCUUUCUUCCUCCCAUUCAUACCUGUCCUCUAAACAAUGUCCCCUAUAGUUAAAUGGAGGCUACGUGUGUGUGUGAUGACCAACUUUAGGUAGAUCGAUACAGGAAUCAGCUCAUGUCUGAUGGUUUGAAGAGUCCCACUUCUAAUACUGUUGGCAAAGUCAAGAAAAACUUUUUGCUGCUGCUUCGUUUUUAAAAAGUAAAGAAAAUCGACUUAAUGAGAGCGAUAAGACAUCACCAAGAAUGAAUUACUGAUAUAAAUGCACUUUUUCUUUUGUAAGAAAUGUUGAAUUUCACCUGUAAGGCAUACAGUAAUGAGAUACUGAUCUUGAGGUAUAGUUUUUUUUGAUAAGUAAUUUUAGAACUGUUAAUGGCUUGCUAAAGUAAGCAUAAUGUUAAGCAAUGAUAAAAUGACUAGGUUAGACUUGAGGCCUCUUAACAUAGUUUUAUAAUGUAUCCCCUUCUAAGAUGGAUGGAAUAGGAUUUAAGAGGGAGACAUCUUGAUUACAGUAUUUUGAAUCCACGUCCCAGUGCACCUGUCAAUUUACACUUGCAAUUUAGGAUGUCCCCGACAUUUUCAUCACAGCUUCUUUUCUUAAAUUGCAGCUGUUUGAGUCGUCAAAGCUUCUCCUUGUCAUGAACAUUGCAUGCUUCUCGACGAGUCUUGCUCCUUUUUUAGCCAUUUUGUAACAGGUCCCUUCGGAGGGAUCGACUGUAUAAGAGCUUUGUCAAUGGCAACACAAUUCACAGCUGGACUAAUAAGGUACUUCUCCAGCUUAUGAUCUAACAAGUGAUUGUUGUUGCCAUAAGUUUCACCCGUUGAUACUGUGUAGGAUAUGUCUGGGAGUACACUGACCGAGUCCUAAUAGUUCUCCCCUGACACUGGUAAGCUUAUGUGUGAGUGGUGGUCUUUAUCCAGCUUUAUCUUUUUGUCAUUGUCCACAGUGGACGGUUGUAAUGUAAGUGUGUAUGGCUGCUUGCCUGUUGGUGUUUUACUAGAACGGUGUGUAAGCGAGUAACUGCUUAGAUGUAACUUUGCACCAGCCCUACUCUAAAGUGAAGUACAGGGUGUUUGAGUCAUGCCUGGGUUCGAUGUUGCCAGUGGGAGAAUCAUUUGCCUGCCAAUUAACAUCGGUUGGUCAGGGUGCUCAAAAGUCUAAGAUGACUUAUGGAAAAUACUGAAAUAGAUUCCUGCCUGAUUUAUAUAUAUAUAUUAAAAAAAAUGAAUUUCCCUAAAAAUGACUGGUAAUGUAUUUUAAUGAAUCGGCAUUAAUGUUGGAUUUUUCCUCAACAAAUGAAAUGGAUCUUCGAUUUUUGUUGAAGCGCAGAUGUUGCAGAAGUUGAUGCAGCAGUGUUUCAAUUCGUGACCACUUUUCUAAGCCGUAAUGCCCCUUAGGCUGAAUACUGAUGGGCGACUCCUCUAGGUUUAACUGGUAGACGAGUGUUGAGACACGAGGUGGCCGCUCACUCAUCAGGGGCAAGACAGAUGCUCCUGUGCCACAAGAAUUGGUGAAGAAGGCCUCUCCUCACUAUUUUGUGAUACACUACGCUACAGAAAUAAAUUUAAAUGCAAGUUGUCCACAAGUUAUUUUUUGUUUUGUUUUUUAUUUUAUUUUACUUUUUUUUAUUUUGAUGUACAUGUGACAGUUAAGUUUUAUUUAUUUUUAUUUUUUUAUUUUUUGUGCUCCAGUGCACAAAUUGUUUUGGACUUUAAAAGUUUUUUUUUCGUUCUUUUUAUUUAAAGAAUAACUUGUUUUCGUUGUUUUAUAGCGGACCAUUUGUUUAUAUCAAAUUUGAUGUUAUGGUCGGACUGAAGGAGAGUCGGUGCUUGGUGCAUACUUUAGGGAAGAAUGUGGAAAACUUAAUUCAUAACUUGUUUCAAUCUCAUAUAAAGGCUGGCAAUUGAAUUUGAUGUAGUACCAUUUUUUGCUGAACUGUGGUGCAGGUGGGAUAUAUCCCUUUUUAUUUAAUUUUUGUGAAUAGGGGAAAAUAAAAGUUUUUUUUCUAUUAAA